AUGCCACCCAAACGCGCGCGUAGGGCUCCCGCGCCUAAAACCACUGCAGGCCCCGUUACCAGGGCUGCUUCCAAGGUGACCAAGCCUACUGCUGAGAGAGCUGCCCCAUCCAAGGCUGCUCCUAAGAAGUCUCCUAAAAAGGCUACAAAGACCGCUGGCUCAAAGAAAGGCAAAGAGCCUGCCGGAUCCAGGUCCCUUACCCCAGAGGAUCCCAUGGAGGUCGAUAGUGCCAGGAACCCGCGUUGGCCGGCAGGUAAGAAGGAUUACGACAAGUUUGUUGAUUACAGCGUCAUGGCUGCGUAUGCAAACGGGGCGAACAUUGAAAGGCCACCGCGUGGGAAGAAAAAUCCGAGAUGGAGACAUGAAGGAAAUGAACCUCUUACAACCCCUGAAUUGCUCCCUGAAGGUUGGAACCCAAACGAGCUUGACCUCUACGAGGACGAAAUCGAGGCGCAGAUUACACGUUGUGAAGAGAGGAUCUCUGAUAAUAUAUUCGUCGAAAUGUUUAAACGGAGACUUGAAAUCUAUCUCACAAAAAGGCAGGAGCGUGAAGAUAUGAUUGCCUCAGAGCCUGAGGGCCUGGACUGGGAGACAGUACAACGAUUGAACUCUUUGAGAAUUAUCGAAGAGCAUCUCACAGAGCAGCGGGAUGGAGAUGGCCAGCUUCCAAAUGUCAAAGCUAUCCAAAAGGCUUACAGAAAUCGAGAGAUGCUUUUCAUCCAUGGAAUGAUUUCCUACUGGAGAAAAGGAGAACAGAUCGGAGCUCCUGAACCGUGGGAUGCCAAAAGAGACGAAGCUUAUAUGAGACAAAAUGGGUCCCACCGUGAAUUUUGGGUUGAAGGGUUUUUCGGAGCGAAGCCUAUGCCACAGAUGCAAUAUGCCAUAUAUGGGCAAUCGCCCUUUCAUCCGACACACUCGAUGCUCACGGAAAUGCGAACGGUUGGUGCAAGCGCCACUUGCAUGCCAUACAUACGGCCAGUCUUGUAUGAUACCGGCGCGACAACGAUGUCUAUCAAUGAGGAGGAUGUGGACUGGCUGGCUUAUCUGUAUGGAAUAGUACUUCCAACCCGUGGAAUUUUGACAAUAGACACUGCCAAUGGCAUCACGUCAAGAAGAGUUGUGGAUAUUGAAGUUACCAUAAGAGAUGCUAACGGAGACGUCAUGUGCCCUUACAUUAAAGUUCCGACUAUCGUUCAGCCGGAUCCCAAUGCUACAAGACUUACAGGGCCGUGGAUGCGAUUUGUCUUAUUCACUGGAACUAGCCCUAUAAGCGAUAACUUGACGCUGAGCGAUGAGAAGCAGGAGCUUUUUCAAUAUCUUCCAGAUUGGAGACUUGCUGGUACUGUCCCCUAG